AUGGAGUUCCUGGCAAGCCAGAACUCGAUCCCCAGGCCCAAGGGCUCGCUGAUACUCCCCGACCUCGGCAGGAUGCAAUGGUGGAAUCACGGGAGCUUCCUUCCUGCGUCCCGCUUCAUCGUCAGGGAUCCGAGAAAGGUGGAGCAGCAGACGGCCAACGACUACCGGGAAUCGCGUGUCAUUCACGAGCUGCCGCGCCGGGAGGUGCUCCUAGAGCGACUCGGGCGCGCAGCUCAAUCCGGCGGUGGCUUCCUGAUCUGGCAGGUCGCCAGGGGCUAG